AGCUGCUUCAUGCAACCGGACGCAGUGUAUGUGCCAUCUCUACAGAGCAACUGAUCAUGCUGUGCUCUGGGGCGGCAAAAGCUCAGCCAGACCUUUCCCAGCACUUACAUGCCUUUCAUGUUUGGUAGGGGGUGCCUUUUGCAGGAUACCAGAGGUCUAUUUUGUUGGCGAAUAGAGAAGGAUGAUGGCAGGCAAUAACCAGCUUUGCAUUCGACGUUGGACUACCAAGAAUGUGGCCAGGUGGCUGAAAGAAGAAGGCUUCUGUGAAUAUGUGGAUAUUUUGUGCAAUAGACAUAGGCUAGAUGGAAUUACGUUACUGACACUUACUGAAUAUGACUUACGAUCCCCUCCUUUAGAAAUCAAAGUCCUAGGAGAUAUCAAAAGGCUAAUGUUGUCCAUUCGCAAACUACAAAAACAACAUAUUGAUGUCCUAGAAGAGCUGGGUUACAGCAGUGAUAGUCAUCUUAGCACAGUGUGCCCUAGUGUUGGUGCACUUCAAGGUACAGAUUGGUUUUGUAACGGUGAAGUACCUCGAGACUAUGAUGGACCAGUUACUGACUUGAAUGGUGAUCAGUAUCAAUACUCAAAUGGAAAAAACAAACACUCUAUGCGAAGGUUGGACCCAGAGUACUGGAAGACGGUUUUAAGUUGUGUGUACGUCUUCAUAGUGUUUGGCUUUACAUCAUUUGUUAUGGUUAUAGUACAUGAGCGAGUACCUGACAUGCAGACAUAUCCACCUCUGCCAGACAUAUUUCUAGACAGUGUCCCUAGGAUACCAUGGGCUUUUGCUAUGACCGAAGUGUGUGGUGUAAUUCUUUGCUAUAUUUGGCUGUUGGUUCUUCUCCUUCACAAACACAGAUCUAUACUUCUGCGAAGGCUCUGCAGCCUCAUGGGGACAGUAUUCUUGUUACGUUGCAUUACAAUGUUCGUUACCUCACUCUCUGUGCCAGGCCAGCAUCUACAGUGUACUGGAAAGUUGUAUGGCAAUGUUUGGGCAAAACUCCAGCGGGCGUUUGCAAUAUGGAGUGGCUUUGGAAUGACUCUGACUGGAGUACAUACGUGUGGAGAUUAUAUGUUCAGUGGCCAUACUGUUGUCCUGACCAUGCUCAACUUCUUUGUCACAGAAUAUACGCCAAGGAGCUGGAACUUCUUGCAUACCUUGUCCUGGGUCCUGAAUCUCUUUGGAAUCUUCUUCAUUUUGGCCGCGCAUGAACAUUAUUCUAUAGAUGUCUUCAUUGCCUUCUACAUCACUACAAGACUCUUCUUGUAUUAUCAUACGUUGGCGAAUACUAGAGCAUAUCAACAGAGUAGGAGAGCAAGGAUCUGGUUUCCUAUGUUUUCAUUUUUUGAAUGCAAUGUUAAUGGUACUGUUCCCAAUGAGUAUUGCUGGCCCUUCUCAAAGCCCACAAUAAUGAAGAGAUUGAUUGGCUGAAGAGCGUAAGGGUUAAUUCGGAUUUUUAUGAAGCAUUAUGACUCACACCCUACAAGGCUAGCUGGGGGGAUGGAAAAUAACAUUUUUCACUCCGUGAUCUCCUCCUGCUUGUCUCAUUUCUUAGAUUAUUAGCCAUAUAACGGGAUACCAAUACUUCACAGGGAUGUGUUUUGUUUUUGCUUAAGUAGAAAGGAAGACAGGAAUGGGUAAAGGCAAUCACUGAAUCAUGAAUAUGAACCAGAAGACUUACCCUUAGUAAGGUUCUAUGUGAAUGUUUAAGUAACUUUAACCUCAAAUACGUGCUUGUACUGAAUAUAACCUAUCCUUUAUAGGUCCAAAUAUUCUCCGUUAUUUGACACGUCAGCCUUUAUGCAUACUGACUUAAAAAAUUACUCUGACUUUCUUUUAAAACAGUCGUAAGUUUAUCUUUUAAAACGAACUCUGUGUACACUUAGAUUGAGGAGUAUUGUGUUAUAAUGAGAAAUGCAGAUGUUCCUUACUGAAAGGGGAUCUCAACUGUUGAGUAACAAGUCUUAAAGAAUAAUUGCGUAUGUAAACGGUCUGCCUACAGGAUGCCAAAAAAGGAAAGUCUGCCUUGUGGGUACGUAGUGAUGAUGUGUUGUUGUUUGUUUUAAUGAGAGCUUAUUUAGUCAAGUCUAUCAAUUGUCUAUGCGGUUGUUCUAGCACUUGAAGGUUUUCCCUUUGUUGUUUCAAUAAAUGAGUUAAAAAUAAAUGCUACAUCCACUGAAAGUAAAGUUAGCUUUAGUGCUUUUAAAGCCACAAGAUAACUUUUCUGUGUGGUUUUAAUUGGUUUAUAUCCAAACCUAUGCAUGCUUUUUAUGAGCAGCUCUUUAACAUUGGAAGAAAUAUAAGUUAUCUUCACAUAUCUUACUGUCCCGUAAAUCAGUGGGGAAAAUGCAUGUUGGUAACUCUUCAGGAAAAGUGUAGUAGUGAGUUUUGGAGAUAGUGCUCAUAUUGAUCUUUGUAUUUUAAAGGUAAGUUUCAUCGCUCUGGUGUCAAUGAUAUGGUGAAUAUCUCUGGAUAUAUAUACACAGUAUAUUUGGAUAUAUAUACACAGUAUGUGUUCUUCUAGCAAGUAUGAAAAAAGACUAGUUCUUGAGUUGUUCAUUUACUACGCUGAAAGAUAAAAGUAGCAUAAGCAGUUCUGGCUGUAAAAAUCACUCUGAGCCCGUAAUGUAUAAACAAGAAUCACACAGUUGGUAUCUGCUCAUGCAAUGAUUUGUAAAAAGACAUUACUACCACUGGCUGAAGAGAGCUGAAAUUAGGUUUAUGCUGAUUAGGUUAAGCCUGUUAGGUAAAAGUUGUAAUUCACAUGAAGUGUGUAGCCCUUUUCAUUAAUUACUGCAAUUUCAGAAUAGGUGGUAUAUGUGAAAGGUAGUGUAAGUCAGCCUUGGGAAGUUGCACAAAACUUUUCCAGCUUGGUACAGGCUGACUUAUGACCAUAAUGUAUGUAUAUUUGCAUGGAAAAGAAUCCCUUUGGUUGACUCUUGCAAGACAGUUUUGUAUUUGGAGGUUGGUAACCUACUGUGGUGGUCUUCUCUUUGUGUUCCUUUUAUAAACCUGGUUUGUACUAGAAACAAUUACUAACUUGACAGCCUUCCUCUUUUCAUAAUAUAUUACUUUUGUAAUUUAAUUUAGCUCCUGUUUCACAGAGGAAUUGUGCAUCUUAGUCUCUGUACUAAGUGCAUUGAGCACACACGUGUUGUACUAUUCUGCAGACUUUUAUAUUUGUCACAUUCCAAUUUUUAGCAAAAUUGCAAGUAUAAUAAUGCAUUGUUCAAUCUGCCAUAGCCUGAUGGUUCCGGCCAUCCAGAUUGGGGGAGUAUGCUUCUACUUAACAAAAAAGGAGAAUAUGUUGUGAAAGACUUAUUCAUUUGUUGUCCUUACCUUUCUGAUUUAGGAAAGGCAAUUAUGAACAUUCCUCUUGAGACUUGAUAUAAGAGAGUUUUAUUUACUAAUUUAUAUUUGCCUUUGCAAUGCAUACACGGUUGUUAUGAAUGCUGUUUUAAACUCUUACACCAUCUGUCCUCAGAUGUGCAGGAUUGUAUUCUGAGUUAUAAUGUGGGGAAAGGUGUGCAAUUAAACUUGUGAAGCUGUUGAUUCUGAAAAGAACUAUGUCAGUGCUAACUGGCAUACCAACAUCUGCGUUGAAAAAUUAUUUUGGAACUUAUUCACAUAGUACAAAUCUGAAGUAUAGCCCAGUGUAAUGGUGUUUACAUAACAGUAAAGGUAUCAUUUCAGUGCUAGUUUUUUAUUAAGUUGAAAUACUUUGAAGCAUAAGGCUUCUCUUUGAAUAUGUUUUCUCAAAUUCUGUUAAGUAAAUCUGUGUGUUAAGUCAGCAUUGCUUAUCAGUGUUUUUAAAAAGAAAUUUGUUCUUUUGUGCUGAUUCCCUUGAUGCUAAAUAUCUGUGUCUGAGAUGCACAGUAUAUAAAGGUUGGUUUUUGUGAGAACUGGAGUGGGUUAAAAUAUUGUCAAGAUAAUUGUCCCCUUCUGUUUUGGAAGUUAAUUUUGUCUGUCUGUAAACACACAAGUGGAAGGCUUGAAAUUGUUAGAAAAUCUGAUCUCACUUGCAGAAUAGCACCGGUCAAUCCUUAAAGUUGGUAGAAUAAGCUUUAUUGUUAAUUAGAUGGAAACAAGCUGCAAGUGACUGACAGCCUGAAAAUUCUGUGCCUGCUUUUUAAAGAGUCGGUGCUUUAAAAGGGUUUUAGUGCUUCUCUGCUGCUGACGAGCCUUUAUAAAUGAAGGCAGCAGAGCGUUGGCGGGCCUUGGAGACAAUGCUAAGUAUAUUCAGGCUUGAUCCUUCGCCCUGAUGUUCAUGUAUCAGUCCCUUUGCCCUCCUUUAACUUGCUGCAUCUGUUUCUUACACAUGUCAUCUAGUAUGGUGUAGGGGAGUGCACGCCUCUGAAUUCAGAGCAGUGAAUGAAUCGGGUCGGUUCUUUACCUAGGGAGUGCAAGUGACUAACAAGAACAUGAAUCAAGUAAUAUCAAGUGCACAAAUCAAUCAAGUAGAAAAGUCGGUCUGACUUUGAAUGAUUCUGGAUAUACAAAAGAGGCGGAAGGUCAUGUUUUAUAUACUUUUACUUGGUAACUUGGCAAAUCCAGGAAUAUUUGAGACUUUGCAGUAGUCCUAAGCUGUUCCUUAGUGCUAUCAGUUUGGGUUAUACAUGGAGUGGAUGUGUGGACAUGCAUAUAUGUAUGCACACGCUUAGGUGAUAGAGAGGUGAUAGACUUGGAGAUGCUGUAAGUAUACUGCUUAUGAUGAAGCAAACUAUAUGCUUAACUCUAAGCAAAUCACUAAUCACUAACUUCAGUGAGGGUUACCUUUUGACUUUAAGCCUUUUUUUGGAUUAGGGCAAGUGCAUACUCUGCAUGGUAUACUGAUACUGUAAUGGGAAUGGAUAAUGUCAUUUUCUUUUCAGUUUACCCUGAUUUUUCAUCUGCAAUAGAAGAAAACGUGCCAGUAGAAUUUCUAAUAUUACUACAUAAAUGUGUUCUAAGCAAAAAGAACCCCCCCCCCCAAAAAAAAAAAAAACUUUG